AUGUCGUAUGCGACGUUAGGGGCUUUAUUAGCAAAUUAUGUGAAGACACGAGGUCUAGUUGAUAACAAGGAGAUGUAUAAGAAAAGCUUAUGGAACGAUAUAACAGCGCUACUCGACGAAUUUGCGGCAUAUAUGGACGAUGAGCACCUAGACAGCUAUGCAGCUAAUUGUUCAAACAGGGGUUACACGCGUGAGGGUGGGGGAUCAACCUUCUUCAUAGCUAACGUGGGCGACAGAAUUAUGUGCACACUCAUGACAGGAGCAUUAUAUUUCCUGAAUGGGUGGGGUACGCAGUCCGGCGGUUCGCACACUACCGACCCUAAUAAUGCAGCGUUGAAGGAAUAUAUAAGAUGCGCAAUAGUAAAUAUAUUUAUGUACAUAUUGCUGGCAUCUCCAUGCAAAAGUACAAUGGGAAUAGAUAAUGCAUGGUACACUGUGAAACAGAUGGAGGAAUCUAUGGGUGGAUUAAUUAAGCAGGGAAAAUGUGGACACGGAGUGUUUGAAAACAUACAAACACAGGAAUUCGACAUGGCAAAAAAGAUUCAGGCAUGGUUAGAGAGCAACAAGAGCUUGACUGAAAAAAUUGGAGGCCAGGGUAUAGAAAGCAUAUGUACGAAAAGCUUAGGAGAACUUGACAGGGUAACACCGGGUACACAUACCAUGCAUGACAACACAGAACUGAGGGAAAAGGAGAAAGAAGCUAUACGUAAGUUAGGCCAACAACUGAAGACCAUAGUUGAGGAGGUAAAGACAGCAGUAGCGCAAUGCGCGCAGGAGAAUGGCGCAUGCAUGGAGCCUAUCGAAGCUGUCUCCCGUAGCGAUCCGCAGGAUGACGCAAGUAAGGCCAAAGUAUCGAACUCUGUGGCCGGCGGAAAACCAGCACCAGACGUACCGGCAGGUAACCCAAGUGCAGGAUCAGGAGUGACAGACUCCGGAGGCGCGAGGUCACUGUCCCAACCACAAGCACCGGCAUCUCCAGUAUUACCAGCACCUGCAGCAGGCGCCAAGGCAAAAGGAGCACCCGGCCAAGGACCAGGCCCAGCACCUGCAGGACCAGCACCUGGACAACAACCCCCACCUCCACAACCACCGCAGUCAAAGGACCCUGCAGGAAAGGACGAGCGCACACCUAACAACCACAAAGAAACUGAAACAGGUGAGUAUACUUGCCCGGACGAUAAGCCCAAGAAUCCGCACGCCGCUAUAGAGUCACAUGUAGGUUCACGUGUGAGCAUUACCAAAGGCCACUAUACCCCUGAAGGUCAAGCGUCAUGUGAAAAGAUUAAGGAACUUUUGCGCACUCAGACCAGUCCGGCAACUAAUUCUAACCCUACGCACAAAAAGAGUGAGAAGAAAGCGGCUGAUGCAACAACAAGGCAAAAACCCCAAGACGCAUCACAAACACCACAGGGUGCACCUGAACCAUCAUCAGCGGGGACAGUAGCGACAACACCAGUGGUCGACAAAUCGCCGGAAACCGCUGACCCUGGUGCAACAAACACAGCACUGGACUCUGGAAAGGCCACCUCCACCGAAUCUCAGAGUCCCCCCGGUGAGUCCGGUGAAGCAGGUCCCAGCGGUGCAGUUGGUGACCAAGGUGCAAAAUCUGAUGACCGUAACAAUGCCGUCGUCGAUGGCGGCAAUGAUGACACCCCUCCUCUCAAUCCAUCCAAACCCAAACCGCAAGCCGGAAACCCGCAGCAGAACUUACAGCCGACGCCAGCUGUACCCCCCAUCUCGGACUGUACUGGUCUCCGCUUAUUCGACACUGCUGAUCCCCAGUGCAAGAAUACGCAGACCUCUUCUUCCUCUGGUUCUGGACCUGACAGCUCCAAUGCUUCGGCAGGUUCUCCCGAAGGCCAGUCUUCUAGUACACCCGAGGAUGAUUAUCCUUUUGUCUUCGAUAACAUGUUACGCACAGAUGCAGGUAGCCCUGGGGGAGGAUUUGUACCACUUAAGCCAGGAAUUGAACUGCCCGAUCGAACAAAUGAACACCCAGGUCAAAAUCCGGACGGCAGUGGCCCCCAUGCACCCGACUUAACAGACACCGUCCUUGCCGCCACUACUCCCGUACUCUUCUUCCUGUCCGCCGUCACCGUGGCCCUUCUUGGUUAUUCCCUUUGGAAGUACUUUGCGUACCUCGCUAAACGACGACGAACAUAUCGCACCGUUCGUGACGUCCCGUCACCGCCACUCGACGAAGAAAUAUUGGAGCAUCUACAACGCGGCGAGCCCCCACCCGAUUACGGGUACAAAAUGGUUACGCAACCUGCGUCAACAUCCGCACGACGACGACGUCAUCCACGCGUGAAUCACCGCACGAUCAUUGAACUACAUCUAGAAGUGCUCCACGAAUGUGACGAGGCCGAGUGGGAAAACGUCAAAGAGGACUAUUGGAACAUUGUCGUGGAGGAGUUUGCACAUGACUUGGAGCCGGAUCCAAACGAGUAUAGUAGUACCUCGGAUCCCCCUACCACAAACGAGGGUUUACCAGGAACCAAUGUUCCAUCCACUGAGUCCGACGGCAUAGAUCGAUGUCCACCUAAUGAACACGACCCCGAUCCAUGCAAGUGUAUGGAAAACAUACAGUUAGCCACGGACACUUGUGCUUCUAACGACGAUAACCACGAUCCAUGGAAUUGUAUGGACACUAUACAGUUAGCAACGGACCCUUCUGCACCUAACGAAGAUGACCCCGAUCCAUGGAGUUGUAUGGAAACCAUACAGUUAGCAACGGACCCUUGUCGCCCUAACGAAGAGGACCGAUGGAAUUGUAUGGAAACUAUACAGUUCCAUGCAGAACAGAAUGCUCAUUCCAACCCCGGAGACUCGACGUCGGACUGCAUCCAUUGGAUUAACUGGAUUGACCGCAACAAACAUACGCUGCGCGCGUGCACGACGCAGCCGUGGUUUCUGCAAUUGAAAGCGCAUUGGAACCAAUACGUGCGUGAUCACAUGGUGGCACACGGAACAUCCGGUGAGCACAGGACAGCCGCAACCAUGGACAGCAAGAAGCACGCAUGGAGACAGUGGGUUGCCCAACUACAUCGGCAACUGAGUACAUACAAGGCAGAGCAGUGGUUUCAACAUUUGUUGAAUAAUGUAGAGGACCAGACAGUAGCGCAAAAAGCCGAAGUACCUCGCGAGGAACAACACUUAGAAGUGGAAACAGUAAUGGGAACAGAAGAUGUUCUAAGAGUGACAUAUGUACCACGGUCGCAACCACUGCAUCAGCCACCGCAUAUGACAAAACCGUUAACCGCUAACAUAUGGAUACUGAUCCUGGCAUUAGUCAUAGAACAGUGCGAGGUCGAAUGUCGUUUGCACGAUAGGGAGUUAUAUGUGGAUGAACUAUUGGAGCAACUGUGA